CGACUGCUGCGAGUUGCAAGUUUCAAGUUGCUAGCCAAGUGAAACGAAAGUACAAAUUAUUCAAUAAUUUACCAAGAAUUUAUUUCCUACUUGCCUCUAUGCGUGCUGUUUCCAGUGAAACAAUUAACCCGUAAAUUGUAUGAAAGAAGCCACUUUUUGCUAUUGUUGAACAUGGGUUUGUAAGAUGAACAUUCCCUUUUCACGAUUUAAAAUCUUAUCCUGAACUUUGAAAGUGUAAAUAUGACCUUUCCAGUCCAUGCAUUGGGCUUCGGCUUCAGGCCUUGAACUUCAAGGCAUCACCUCACGGUACAGAGUGUCAACUUCAAAGCUGUCAAAAGCACUUUGUCUUCCAAUAUGUUGAAGACACGACAUAUUUUGGCAAACUUGAGGAUACAAGAUGUGAGGUUUAGCGUCCGAUCGGUGCCUCUGAUCAUACAAAACUGUAGAUACCUUCACAGAGAAUGUGUUAGCCAUGAUGCAGGGAAAAGUGCUUCGACAGCUGGGAAAAAUUGUGGGUCUCCAUAUUUCAUCACCACUCCAAUCUUUUAUGUGAAUGCAGCUCCACAUGUUGGUCACCUCUUCUGUGCUCUACUGGCGGAUGCAAUGGCACGAUGGCAGAAGGUAAAAGGCAGAUCUACCCUGAUGGCAACAGGCACUGAUGAACAUGGCUUGAAAAUCCAACAAGCUGCUGCUAAUCAUGGUGUUGAUGCAGACACUUUCUGUGAUGGAGUAUCUGCAAAGUUCAAGAGCUUGUUCAUCGAAGCUGACAUACAGUAUGAUCAGUUCAUCCGUACAACUCAGCAAGGUCACAUUGAUGCUGUAAACUCAUUUUGGAACAGACUAUUUUCUCAAGGAUUCAUAUACCAAGGUUCUUAUGCUGGCUGGUACUCGGUUUCUGAUGAAGCUUUCCUAGCACUGGAAGAUGUAGAAGAACAGACAAGAGCUGAUGGAACAAAACUGACGAUAUCUAAGGAGAGUGGCCACCCUGUGACGUGGAUGGAGGAGAACAACUACAUGUUCAAACUGUCACACUUUCAACAGGAUCUGCUUCAUUGGCUCAAGGGUGGAGUGAUACAUCCCAGUCAUUACGAGGCGGACGUGAGACUAAUGCUACAGCAGCUUCCCGACCUGUCCAUCAGCCGUGACAGCAAGCGCCUCUCGUGGGGGAUUCGCGUCCCUGGAGAUGAUUCGCAGACGAUUUACGUGUGGCUGGACGCACUGGUCAACUACUUGACAGCGUCGGGCUACCCUCAUUGUGAUACUUAUCACUGGCCACCGGACUGUCAGCUCAUUGGGAAAGACAUUCUCAGAUUCCACGCUAUCUACUGGCCGGCAUUCCUUAUAGCAGCAGGGAUGGAGCCACCACGACGUCUGAUCUGCCACUCUCACUGGCUUGUGGACAAAGUAAAGAUGUCCAAGAGCUUGGGCAAUGUGAUUGACCCGGUGGAGAAGAUAAACCACUUUGGAGUCGAUGGAUUUCGCUAUUUUCUGCUCAAAGAGGGGAGCCUCAAUUCUGAUGGGGCGUACAGUGACAGUCGAGUGGCAGAGCGGAUCAACUCUGACCUGGCCAACACACUUGGUAACCUUCUAGGUCGCUGUACGGCUCCUACCGUCAACAAAAGGCAGGAGUUGCCUCCCCUGUGUGAAGACGAUCUGUUUGAGUUUCUCUCCAUUGGAGAGCGGGAAAUGUACACUUUACUGUACGAGUUACCAAACAGAGUGGACUCCCUGUAUGAAGAGUUCCAUUUCACCAAGGCCCUGGACCAAAUCUUUGGACAUUUGCACUGGGCCAACUCUUUGGUUCAGGCUCAUGCACCGUGGCAACUUGGCAAAUCUGUCGAACCUCGGGAUCAGGUACACCUGUCAGUAGUCCUGCACGUUGCUAUGGAGACGUUACGAGUCUGUGGAAUCCUCCUUCAGCCAGUGAUACCGCGAUUGGCGGAGAGACUACUGACCAGGCUCGGAGUGCCCCGUAGUGAACGUGGCUACCAGGAUGCACAGACAAAAGCUGUCAGUGGCUUUGGGCAGCUCGGUGAGAAAGUCCUACUGCAAAAGAAAGUGAAUGCUCCUUCAUAGCACUUCAUGCCUGUCUGCUGUUGGGUGUCUGCAGGAACAUGUUUCUUUUCUGGUUUUGAUUGGAUGGCUGCUCAUGUUUUUUAAAUGUUUUUUUAGUAGAGGUUUUACGGUGCUCGCAACUGCAUAAGGUCAUAUGAGCGCCAGAAGAUUAGAGGUGUUACAAGAGAG